AUGAAACCAUCUCAGCAUAUUGACAAAGUAAUGCUUGCUGUAUCAAGUGAGGAAGUUCAGAAAAAUCGUCUGCAUCUUAAAACCACAAUUACAAGUGUGCGGUGGCUUGCACUUCAAGGUUGUUCUUUCAGGGGGCAUAACGAAUUAUCUAAGUCAUUGAAUCGAGGAAAUUUUCUUGAAUUGUUGGAUGCUUUUGGACGACUUAAUAAAGAAGUCCGGGAUGUAUUGAGUAGUGCUGCAAGAAAUAAUACAUACACUUCUCCAGAAAUACAAAAAGAGGUUUUGAAUAUUAUGGCCAAUAGAGUCCGACAGAGAAUUCGAAGUGAAAUUGGGGAUGCAAGCUUUUGUAUUCUUGUUGAUGAAGCACAGGAUGAAUCUAAACGUGAGCAAAUGGCUCUUAUCUUGAGGUUCGUGAAUAGCAACGAGAUUCUAACAGAACGAUUUUUUGAAAUCAAAAGUGUUAGUGAUACUACCUCAUUGACUCUCAAAAACACAGUUAGUGAUAUUCUUGUUCAUUACAACCUUCAAGCUCAGAACAUGAGAGGCCAAGGAUUACAAUUAACAUUGGUUUCAGCAGCUAAGAAUGUUCGAGAUAUUUGGGAUUUCUUCUCUCAUUUGGAUAAUGUUGUUAAUAUGAUGACGUCUUCUCUUAAGUGUCUUUGUGAGUUGCAAAUUACUCAAAGAAGAGAAAUAGAGAUUGGUAACUUGCAACGAGCAGGGGCAACUCGUUGGAGUUCUCAUUAUGACUCUGUAAAGAGUUUGAUAGAUAUGAUUUUGGCCAUCACUGAUAUUUUGUGUCAGACCCUCCAGAAGAAAACUCAAGAUAUUUUAACUGCAAUGAGAUUUGUCUACAGUACAAAAAUUGUCAUUCAAGCAUUGAGGGAAGAUGGCUGGGAAGAAUUUCUACAGGAAGUAACUUCAUUUUGCUCAAAACAUGAUGUUUACAUACCUGACUUCGACAGUUCAUAUAGGGCUUACGAUCAGCAUUUGAAUAUGAUUCUUGGAGAUGUGGAAGAGAUCAUAACUACUGUGAAAAUUGAUGAUGAGACUUAUGAAGAAAUAGUUCAGUUACUUCAUUUAAGAUUGUCUCGUGUUGAUUCAAUAUACCGAUACACAAGGGAGUUUGAAAUUGUGAUCCCUAUUUGA